UUGCAAGAAGCGAGGGAAAAUCCCCUCAUUUGUUGAGGCUUUAUUGAGAGAAUUAAAGAUUCGGCAGCGGUUCUGAAUUAAUUGAUAUAUCCAAAGAACACAGCCUGUGAUGUACAAGUACAGUCGGUGUAAUGGGACUUCACUGUGGUGUGUGCUGGUUGGUGCGGUUCGUUCACACUAUGAAUAAACUUCUUUGACUUGAAGUCUUAUAAAGUGAGCAUGCAGCUCCCACAGGACGGGGAGAGCAGUUGUCCAAACUCAAGACAAUCAAGGCAACAUGUAGACAUUAUCCAUGUGUGGAGUCGGAGUCGCUGUCUGCCUGCUGUGGUCCGCUCCAGGAGAGGUUUGGUGGAGCAUUGAAGCCGGCCGGGACUCGGGCAUUGUGCCGACUGAGGCUCCAUAAAGUAACAGUGUGGGCCAGGCUGGCUGUCACCCAAAGAUGGUCACCUCCUCGUGAUUGUUGUUCCUUUCUCUCAACAUGCAUCGAACCACCAGGAUAAAGAUUACUGAGCUCAACCCUCACCUCAUGUGCGUCCUGUGCGGAGGAUACUUCAUAGACGCAACGACCAUCAUCGAAUGUCUUCACUCAUUUUGCAAGAUGUGCAUUGUGCGCUACCUGGAAACCAGCAAAUACUGUCCCAUCUGUGAUGUACAAGUGCAUAAAACCAAGCCUCUGCUCAACAUUAGGUCGGACAAAACUCUACAGGACAUUGUGUACAAGCUCGUCCCCGGCCUCUUCAAAAAUGAAAUGAAGAGGAGGAGAGACUUUUACUCGGAGCACCCUGUGGAUGCGUCUAAUGGAUCAAACGAGGAUCGUGGAGAAGUGGCAGACGAGGACAAGCGAAUUAUCACAGAUGAUGAGAUCAUCAGCCUCUCCAUUGAGUUCUUCAAUCACAGCAGACUGGGCAGUGCAGUGGAGGACAAGCAGUCUAAAGAUCAGAAUAUGGUGGCAAACAAGAGGUACCUGCAGUGUCCAGCCGCCAUGACAGUCAUGCAUCUGAGGAAGUUUCUGCGCAGCAAAAUGGACAUCCCAAAUGCCUACCAGGUUGAAGUCAUGUAUGAAGACGAACCUCUGAAAGAUUACUACACGUUAAUGGAUAUAGCUUAUAUCUACACCUGGAGACGGAACGGCCCGUUGCCGCUGAAGUACAGAGUCAGACCCAACUGCAAGAAGAUGAAGGUGAGCCACGUGCAGCAGGAAGGCCAGAACAGUGCGAACAGAUCCGGCCCAGAGAGCGAUUCUGCCAGCGACAAAGCAGGGAGUCCCGCCGGGGCUCCGUCCACGUCCUCGUCGCUGCCGAGCCCCGUAACGCCUCCGCAGCUCCAGCAUCCGCAGCUCCCGCAUCCGCAGCCUUCGCAUCCUCAGCUACCGCAUCCUCAGCUCCCUCACCCGCAGCUCCCUCACCCGCACCCGCAGCUCCUGCACGGCCCCAUUAACGUCAACGGGACCCCGGCCGCUGCCCCUCCGACCCCCAGCCGGUCCUUCUCCCAGUUCGGCGGCGGCGGCGGCGGCAGCAAGCCCCGGAAAGUUUCCCUGAACGGCUCGUCGACCUCCUCCGGGUGACGCGGAGCUCCUGAACCGACCAGCCAACGCCAGACUCCCGCUCAGCUAAUACUGUUUUCAUGCCAAUGUAGUUCCAUUGUGUAGACAAUGUUAUCUUUCUCUCUCCAUCUGUUGUUCUGAAUAUUAUGGCAUCAUUAUGUAACUUUAAACGUAGUGGAAUCAGAGACAUUUAAAAAUAAAAGGAACGAGGAAGUUGGGUUGCUGGGAAUCUUUUUAAUAUGGAAGCAGAUUUUGAUGUUGAAGAGAAAAAAAAGAUUGAAAGUUUGAAAGCAGAAGGACAAGCAUUUAUCUCAUGUUAAAGCUACAUCUUUAUUUUACACAAUCGACUGAAGAUGGACUUUUAUAUUUUCUUUUACGUUUUUUUUUUUCCAGAUUAAACGUGUCUAUCAUGAUUAUUUCAUGUGUGUUGGGAUAUUUUGAACCUGUCAGUUUAAACAUGCAUGCAUCAUGAUAACACUUCCUUUUCUUUUAUGAAAGAGGAUUAUGCGUGUUUGCCCCUAAAGUCUCCUUUUGGUUUUUGGAAGUGUUUCAGGCGUCGAUCUUGAAGUUUGGCGCUGUUGGCUUCACGGAACACUUGCCUACAUGGAGGGGAAACAAUUUAAAUUGCCUUUUACUGGAAAAAAAACAACAGUUUCUUGUAGCUGCAGUGGAAUCGGAUUGCUUAUGCACCGCGUCUUUAACACGUUAUAAGCAGUUUUAGAGAAUCCACGUGUAAAUAGAAACAAAAUGCAUAUUUAAUCAGCGAUGAUGUUAUUCUCUUAUUCCCCUUUGUUCUUCGUGAAUGAUUUGGACUCCUGUUCGGCUCCAUUUCAUACUCAAUGACAGAUGUUUUGAUGUCCCCUGUGUUUUCCGUAUUUGUAUCGCUCGAUUGUAUGGACAACUUAUUGUAUUGUUACUGUUGCACAGUAUAAAACAUCUAAAUAAAACAUUUUACACUUAUA